CCAGUGCCCAUCAUUGCCACAUCAGUGCCACAUAUCAGUGCCCAUCUGAGCUGCCUUUCAGUGUCACCCAUCAGUGCCAGUCAGUGCCACCUAUCAAUGCUAGUCAGUGCCACCUAUCAGUGUUGCCAAUCAGUGCCACCUAUCAGUGCCAGUCAGUGCCACCUAUCAGUGCCAGUCAGUGCUGCCUAUCAGUGUGCAUCAGUGCCGCCUAUCAGUGCCCGUCCGUGCUGCCUAUCAGCUCCGCCUAACAACAGUGCCACCUAUCAGUGCCAGUCAGUGCCACCUAUCAGUGCC